UAUAUCCAAUUGGAAAGAUAAGAAAAAGAUGAAGCAUUGAUCACUCAAAGUGUUUCUUCGCUCCUCUUGCAACUACAACAGCUAACUCCUUGCAUUCCUUUGAUCACCAAAAUCUGCCUUUCUUCUUUCAUUCCUUUGAGUUUCGUAUUGGUGUAGUUACAAGUAGCUGGUUACACGCAGCUUUCACCAAAGACAAUGGCUAAUACUAAUCACACCUGGUCCUAUGAUGUCUUCAUGAGUUUUGGACGUGAUAAUAUCAUUAAAAGAUUUGUGGACCAUCUAUUUACCGACUUCAAACGAAAAGGAAUUCGCGCUUUUAAAGAAGACGAGGACCUGCAGAGAGGAGAAGAGAGAUUUCCACAAAUCCAAAGAGCCAUUGAACAAUCAAGGUUUCUGGUGGUUAUAUUUUCUGAAAGCUUAGCUUCCUCGCCAUCUUGUUUGAGGGAGCUUCUGAAAAUCCUUGAGUGCAAGGAGAAAGAUCAGGACAAAUAUCAAAUUUGCCCCAUUUUUUAUAGUGUGAAGCCACAAAAGGUGGUUAAUGGACCCAACACCUAUGUAGAAGCCUUAAAAGAACUUGACAUCCUAGAGAAAACAGAGGGGGCUCAAUUGAAGGAAGCUUUGACCAAAGCUGCAAACUUACCAGGAUGGGAUCUGGAAGAUCUGGCCAAUGGCUAUGAGUCAAAGUUUAUUGACAUGAUCUCAAGACAUAUCUUCAACGAGUUAAACGUUGGAUGCUUACAUAUUGGUGAGAAGCUAGUCGGGAUACAUUCCCGUACAGAGCAAAUGAACUUGUUGCAAUAUGCCGGGUCAAGUGAGGUUCACAUGAUCGGCAUAUGUGGACUCCAGGGUAUUGGAAAGACUUCAAUUGCCAAAGCUGUUUACAACCGAUUAUAUGCCCACUUUGACGAUUGCGUCUUCUGUGAAAAUGUGAAAGACAACGUUAAAAAGCAUGGGAUGAUUCAACUUCAAAGGCAAAUCAUUGAGGACAUCACAAAAUCCGAGAGAAAAAUAAGGAGCGUUAGUGAAGGAAGUAGUGUAAUGAUACAAAUUAUGAAAUCAAAACGGGUCUUGCUGAUUCUUGAUGAUGGGGAUCAACUGGAGUAUUUAGAAGCUCUAGCUGGUUCACAUUCUUGGUUUGGACCGGGAAGUUUAGUUGUAGUAACGGGAGAAGAUAGACAAUUACUAUGUGCUCAUGGUGUGGAGAAAAUUCAUGAAGUUGAGCCUUUACAUAAUGAUGAAGCUCUAGAACUCUUUAGUCUGUAUGCCUUUAAUCAAAAACAUUCUAAAGAGGACUUCAAAGAGCUCUCGGAGCAAGUAAUUGAAUAUGUUAACGGUCACCCAUUAGCUAUUAAAGUUUUGGGCUGCUUUCUUUUUGGCAAGACUGUCCAUGAAUGGGAAAGCGAAUUAAAAAGACUAAAAAGCAAUCCUGUUGAUGACAUCCAAGUGCUAAUAUCACGUUUUUCUUUAAGUAGGAAAAGUAGGCAUGUAUAGUUUCACUAAUAGUGGGUGCUUUUUACAUGCUAAGUUGCUAAUGUUGGAAUUGCGAUUGAGCAGUUGUAAUUUACAAUUCUAAAUAUAAGUUAUUUUUGUAGCA